CAUAUCAAAUCUUCACAAAAACCAAAUCUUCCUCCCUUUCUCUCAAAAAAAUCUCGAAAUAUUAUUUUCCGUUGCAUCUUUUAUAACGAGAUAACAAAAGCCUUCUUUCUGAAAAAUUAUUCGAAAAGUUAUUUCCGCUUCAUUUGUUAUCGGUUUAUCUCGUGUAUUUGAAAAAAUAUUCGAAAAAUUGUUAAGUUUCAUAAAUUGUUACCCGUUUAUCCAGUACAUUUGUACAAAUUUAUAGAUAACGAUUUUAUUUUUUUUUGAUUUUUUUUACAUUUUUCGGAUCAUGAUCAACAAUUCCGAUGUUUAUACACGCCGGAUGUUAAGAACACCGGCGAUUCGUCCCUGCGAGUCUGUAAAUCCAUCGACUCUUUUGUCCUCUCUGAUCAAUCUUGCUCAAAAAAUAACAUGCAACUACAAAUCAAGCACCAUUUCGAGUAACAAGCGAAAUUUCAAAGAAGUUACUAGACUCAUCACUAAUCUUCUCAUGUUUUUCGAGGAAAUUAAAGAGGGUUCAUCGAGAUUUUCGGAUGCAUUGGUCUUGAGCUUCUCGGAGCUGCAUUUUGUUUUGCAAAAGAUUGAGUUUUUGUUGAGGGAUUGUGGGAAUGAUGAGGCUAGGGUUUGGAUGUUGAUGAAGUGUGAGUAUGUUUAUGAUCAGCUGAGAAUGCUGAUGAGGGGAGUUGGUGUGGCCUUGGAGGUUUUCGAGCUCGAAAGAGUGGAGGUUUCGGUUGAAAGUAAGGAAUUGGUGGAAUUGGUUAAGAGGCAGGCAUUGGGAGGGAAAUUUGGAGUUGAGGAGGAGGAUAGGGAAAAAUUUGAUGAGGUUUUGGAGAUUUUGAGGGGUUUUGAGGCUGGAUUGGCUCCGGGAUCGGGUGAAUUGAGAAGGGUAGUUGAGUAUUUGGGGAUUGAGGAGUGGAGGGAGUGUGAUCAGGGGAUUAGGUUCUUGGAAUCUGAGGUUUUGGUGGAGAGUCAGAGUGUUGAGAAGAAGGAUUUGGGGCUUUUGAGUAGUUUGGUUGGGCUUAUGACUUAUGUUCGAUGUGUUUGUUUCGUGUCUGUGGGAGAUGCUAGAGUGGUGAAAGUGUCUGGUAGUGGUAGAGGUUGUGACAGAGAAGGGAUUAGUGGUUUGAAUUUGGGUAAUUUGGAUGAUUUUCAGUGUCCGAUUUCUCUGGAGGUUAUGGUUGAUCCGGUGACUAUUGCCACAGGGCAUACUUAUGAGAGAGGGUCGAUUUUGAAAUGGUUCAGAGCUGGGAAUUCAACUUGUCCGAAGACUGGGAAGAAGCUGAUGUGUAGAGAUUUGGUUUCUAAUCUGGCUAUGAAGCAGCUUAUUGGAGAGUAUGGCCUGGGAGGCGGCGUUGCAAUGGGGGAAACAGGGAGACAGAAUCGACAGAAAAUGAAGACCGUUGGUGCUGGAAGUGUGGCAGCUGAAGGGGCUUUGAAAUUGGUUGCUAAUUUUGUUAAUGGCAGGCUUAAGAGUGGUACUAAUGAGGAGCAGAGGAAAGCUGCUUAUGAGAUCCGCUUGCUCGCCAAAUCAAGCAGUUUUAAUAGAUCUUGUUUGGUUGAGGCUGGUGUGAUCCCGAGUCUGAUGAAUCUUCUUUGUUCAAGAGAUUCAGUAAAGCAAGAGGAUGCUAGCGCGGCACUGUUGAAUCUUUCAAAGUAUUCUCAGACAAAGAGGAUACUGGUUGAGAGCGGAGGCUUGGAACUGGUUCUUGAUGUCAUACAGAAUGGGCUAAAGAUGGAGGCUCGCCAGCACGCUGCUGGUAUCCUGUUCUACCUUUCUUCUGUGGAGGAGUAUCGUGUUCUGAUUGGGGAAAUUCCAUGGACUGUCCCAGUUCUAAUGGAGUUGCUCCUGGAGGGAACUUUUCGUGCCAAAAAGAAUGCACUGGUGACGAUCUUAGGUCUCCUCGUGUACCCUGACAACCAUUGGAGGGUAUUGUCAGCUGGAGUCGUCCCUUUGCUGCUUAAUCUCCUGAGAUCCCUUCAAAGGGAAGAUCUCAUUACUGAUUGUCUCGCGGUUCUGGCAACUCUGGCAGAGAAUCAAGAAGGAGCCAUGGCCAUUUUAAGCGCCAGGGCAUUACCUCAAAUUGUGGAAGUUUUUGGUUCUUCCACUACAAGAUCAGUGAAAGAACACUGUGUUUCAUUGUUACUAUAUUUGUGCAUCAAUGGCGGAGCAGAUGUGGUUCGCGUUUUAGUAAAGAACCAGGCUCUCAUGGUACCAUUGUAUGAUGUAUUGGCUGAUGGAUCUCCGAGAGCAGGCAGAAAAGCCGGUUCACUCAUCAGAAUCAUACAUGAAUUCGAUGAGAAGACCUCCUCUGGCUUGAUGAAUCUACCUCUUCAACGUGAUCGGUUUGUCCAUGUCUGAUUACAACUCUUGUCAAUUUCUAUCAUGUUCAUAGAUUUUCCUCUGUAGAUACGCUUAGGCAGAAAUUGCCAUUUGAUUUUGGUUGUGUUAGCUCGUCUUUUUAAGAGCUAAUCACUUGAGACAGCUUCUGUUUUUUGGAAUGAAGCUGUCAACAUGUAUGUAUAGCUAUAUAAUUUCAUGGUAAUGACAAUAAAUUUCCGGGUUUGAUA